AUGGCCGGAGCGACGCGGCCGGGGGUCGUGGGGGCGGCGGUGGCCGUGGCCGUGCUGUGGGUGACGGCCGUGGGGGCAGCCACAGGGCGUUGGUGCGAGCGGACGGUGCAGGUGACGGAGCAGCGGGAGGUGACGCCGCGGCGCGAGGCCGCGGUGCCGUGUCCCAGUUUGUACCAGUACAGCCUGGCUGGGUGGCAGCUGGACCGGGACCGCACGCACCGGGACCGCGGGAAUGCCCCCGGGGACACCGGCACUGACCCCGCCCUCUGCUACAUCUACCGCCCCCCGGAGGUGCAGCCGGUGGUCCGGAACCGCACGGAGCGGGGCUGCUGUCCUGGUUGGAGCGGCGCCCGCUGCACGGAGGGCCCCGGCUCCCUGGGCCGCUGUUUCAGCGCGUGGCAGUGCCAGGACAGCCACAACAGCAGCACCAUGAGCCGCGCCGAGUGCUGCCAGCACCCCUGGGGACACAGCUGGCGCCGCAGGGACCCCGGGGACAGCGGGGGGCCCUGCCUGCCCUGCACCCGCCUGCCCCUGGGUGGGGACGGGGGCUCCCCACGCCACCGCAGCCCCCCGGCCACGUGCCAGGCGUGGGCCGGGACGCGGUUCCGCACCUUCGACGGGCGGCACUUCGGGCUGGCCGGGGGCUGCCGGUACAGCCUGGCCACGGCCACCGACGGCACCUGGGACGUCACCAUCGGCCUCGGGCACCCCCGGGUGCUGCACAUGACCUUCGGGACGGACACGGUGGUGGCCGAGGGACAGAACGUGUCGGUGAACGGGGCAGCAGUGCCGGAGGGACGCCCCUACCUGCACAAAGGUGAGGUCCCCAAGGCCACCAGCCUGGGGCAAGGGCUCGGUGUCACCUGGCCGGGUGACUGGGUGGCCGUGGCCAGCAGCCUGGGUGUGCGGGUGGCCUGGGACAGGCACCUGGCAGUGACAGUGACAGCGGAGCCUGAACUGCGCGGUGGCACCUGGGGGCUCUGUGGCACCUACACUGAUGACCCUGCAGAUGACUUCGUGCGCCCUGACAGGGACAUCGCUGCCUUCGCCGCCGCCUUUGGCAGCGCCUGGAAGGUGCCAGCGGCUGGCACAGAGGUGGACCCCAGCGGGUUCUAUGCAGCGUGUGUGGCGCUGCUGUGCGGGGAUGGGGACCCUGUGUCACCCCCCGGUCCCCUGCCAUCCCCCGGGCCCCUGCCACCCUCCGGGCCCCCGCCCCCCGCCGCCUGUGACACCUUCGCCGCCUACGCCCGGGAGUGCUCCCGCCGCCAGGUCGCUGUCCCCUGGCGCCAGCCCGGCUUCUGCGAGCGCCGCUGCGACGCGGGGCAGCGCUUCUCGGACUGCGUGUCCCUGUGCCCUGUCACCUGUGCCACCGCGGGCGGCGCCGAGCAGGGGACCUGCCACCGCCACUGCCACGGCGGCUGCGAGUGCGGCCCGGGGCUGGCCCGGGACGGGGCCAGCUGUGUCCCCCCCGCCGCCUGCCCCUGCCACCACCGGCGACAGCGCUACGAGCCCGGCCAGAGCAUCCGCCAGCGCUGCAACCGCUGCACGUGCGAGGGCGGGCGCUGGCGCUGUGGGCAGCAGCGGUGCCCGGCCGAGUGCGCGGUGCUGGGGGGACGCCACUUUGUCACCUUCGACCGCCGCCGCUUCUCCCUGCCGGCCACCUGCGCCCACACCCUGGUGGAGGACUUCGUGGCGGGGCGGCUGCUGAUCACAGCCGAGCACGAGCCCUGCGACAGCCACCUGCCUCUGGGCUGUCCCCGCAGCCUCACUGUCACCACCAGCCGCACCACGGCCCGGCUCCACGGCACAGGGGAGGUGACAGUGGCUGGGCGGGAGGUGACGCUGCCCUUCUCCGGCGCCGAGCUGAGCAUCCGCCGCGCGUCCUCGGCCUUCCUGCACCUGCGGCUGCCCGACGCCCACGUGCUCUGGGGCCUGGGCACCCCCGACACCUUCGUCACCCUCCAGCCCGCCAUGGCCGGCACGGUGCGGGGGCUCUGCGGGACCUUCAACGGGGACCAGCGCGACGACUUCACGACGCCGGCGGGGGACGUGGAGCCGGGAGUCGCCGCCUUCGCCAACGCCUUCCGGGCGGCCGGAGCCUGCCCGGCGCUGGGCCCCGGCGUUCCCCACCCCUGCGACGGCUUCCCCGGGAGCCGGGAGCGCGCCGAGGCCGCCUGCGCCGUGCUCAUGGGGCCGGCCUUCCAGCCGUGUCACGGCGUGGUGGACCCGGAGCCGUUCCUGGAGCUGUGCCGGUGGGACGUGUGCUCCUGCCGGGAGCGGGAGCAGCCGCGGGAGCGCUGCCUGUGCCCGGCGCUGGGCGCCUACGGCCGGGAGUGCGCCCGGGAGGGGACGGAGCUGGAGUGGAGGAACCGGAGCCUCUGCGACGAGCCGUGUCCCGGGGGGCAGCAGUACCGGGACUGCGGGGGUCCCUGCGGCCGUUCCUGCUCAGAGCCCCCCGGAGGCAGUGACUGUCCCCCUCCGGACACCCUCUGCGCCCCUGGCUGCCGCUGUCCCCCGGGGCUGCUGCUGGCCCAGAGCGGGCAGUGUGUCCCCCCUGCCGCCUGCCCGUGCCCCCGCGGCGCCCGCCUGUACCCGCCCGGCGCCCGCGUCCGCCGCGGCUGCCAGGCCUGUGUGUGCGCAGGGGGGUCGUGGCGCUGCGCCCCCGCGCCGUGUCCCCCCGCCCCGCGCUGUCCCCCGGGGCUGCUGCACGCGCCGGGGUCCUGCCUGCGCCGCUGCGACCCCGCCGAGCCCUCCGGCACCUGCGGCGGCCCCGCCGACGGCUGCGUGUGCCCCCCCGGGACCCUCUUCCUGGGCGGGCGCUGCGUGUCACCGGACGAGUGUCCCUGUCACCACGGCGGGCAGCUGUACCCGCCCAACGCCACCAUCGCCCGCGACUGCAACACCUGCGUGUGCCGGGGACAGCGGUGGCACUGCGGGCGCGAGGAGUGCGCAGGGACCUGCGUGGCCACCGGGGACCCCCACUAUGUCACCUUCGAUGGCCGCGCCUUCACCUUCGCGGGGGACUGCGAGUACCUGCUGGCGCGUGAGGCCACCGGGCUCUUCGCCGUCACCGCCGAGAAUGUCCCCUGCGGUGCCACCGGCGUCACCUGCACCAAGUCCGUGGUGGUGGCCAUGGGGAACACCGUGGUGCACAUGCUGCGGGGGCGGGAGGUGACAGUGAACGGGGUGGCCGUGCGACCCCCCAAGGUGUUCGGGGGGUCGGGGCUGGCGCUGCAGCGCGCGGGGCUCUUCCUGCUGCUCCUCACCCGCCUGGGGGUGGCCGUGCUGUGGGACGGAGGGACCCGCGUGUAUGUGCGCGUGUCCCCGCGGCUGCGCGGGCGCCUGGCCGGGCUCUGCGGGAACUUCGACGGCGACGCCGAGAACGAUUUCGGGAGCCGGGACGGGGCCCUCGAGGCCACCCCCGAGAUCUUCGGGGACUCGUGGCGCCUCAGCCCGCUCUGCCCUGAGGCCGACGGGCACCGCCCGCACCCCUGCGAUGACAGCCCCCAGCGCUCGGCCUGGGCGCGGGGGCGCUGCGGGGUCCUGCGGCACCAGCUCUUCGCCCCCUGCCACGACCUGGUCCCGCCCCAGCGCUUCUACGAGUGGUGCCUGUUCGACGCCUGCGGGUGUGACAGCGGUGGGGACUGCGAGUGCCUGUGCACGGCCCUGGCCGCCUACGCCGAGGAGUGCGGCCGGCGGGGGAGAGCCCUGCGCUGGCGGAGCCAGGGGCUGUGCCCCCUGCAGUGCGAGGGGGGGCAGGAGUACAACCCCUGCGGCCCCCCCUGCCCCCCCACCUGCCGCGACCUCGGCCGGGACCCCCCCGAGCUCUGCGGGGCCCUGGGGUGCCUCGAGGGCUGCUUCUGCCCCCCCGGGAGGGUCCUGCACGACGGGCAGUGCCUGGAGCCCCCCGCCUGCCCCUGCUUUUGGGACGGCUUCGCCUUCCCGGCCGGGGCCACCGUGACCCAGGGCUGCAGCAACUGCACGUGUCUCGAGGGGCGCUGGCAGUGUCCCCCGGCCCCGUCCCCGUGUCCCGCCGCCCCCGGCUGCGCCCCGUGGGAGUUCCGCUGCCGGGGCGGGGGGCUCUGCGUGCCGGGCGCGUGGCUCUGCGACAACGAGGACGACUGCGGGGACGGCUCGGACGAGCUGUGCGACCCCCCCUGCGCCCCCCACCAGCCCCGCUGCCCCGGCGGGCCCUGCCUGCCCUGGGGGGCGCAGUGCGACGGCGUCACCCACUGCCCCGACGGCUGGGACGAGGCGGGGUGUCCGCCCCGGCCCUGCGCGCCCCCCGAGUUCGCCUGUGCCGGGGGGCGCUGCCUGCCCCCCGCCCGCGUCUGCGACGGGCGCCUCGAUUGUCCCCCCGGGGACGACUCGGACGAGGCGGGCUGCGCCCCCCGGUGCGGGCCGGGGCAGUUCCGGUGCGGGAGGGGCCGCUGUGUGCCGUACCCGCACCGCUGCGACGGCCGCGACGACUGCGGGGACGGCAGCGACGAGAGCGGCUGCGCCUGCCCCGAGGGGCACCUGCCGUGCCCCGGCGGGGGCUGCCAGCCCCCGGCCGCGCUCUGCGACGGCCGCCGCCACUGCCCCGACGGCGCCGACGAGGCCAACUGCCCCGCGCGGGCCACCUGCGCCCCCGGGACCGUCCCCUGCCCCGACGGCUCCUGCGUGGCCGAGGUGGCCGUGUGCGACGGCGCUCGCGACUGUCGCGACGGCUGGGACGAGAGUCCGGCGGGGUGCGCGGUGGCGCUGCCCCCCGCGCCGCUGUCACCUGUCACCGCUGUCACCGCUGUCACCGCUGUCACCGUUGUCACCGCCACUGCCACCGCUGUCACCGGCAUUGUCACCGACGCUGUCACCGCGGACACUGUCAGCGCAGCCACCAGCGCCAUCGGCAGCGGCACCGCCAUCGGUACUGUCGCCAGCACUGCCACUGUCAGUGACACCGACACCAUGGCCGACACCGUCCCCGACACCGCCACUGUCACCACCGCUGUCGCCGACACUGUCACCGCCGCUGUCGCCGACACUGCCGGCGCCUCGGCAGCGCCCUGUCCGCCCCGGGCCCUGCGCUGCGACAGCGGCGGCUGCGUCCCGCGGGGGUGGCGCUGCGAUGGCGACAGCGACUGUCCCGAUGGCAGCGACGAGGGAGGCUGCGACCCCCCAUGCGCCCCCGGCCACCUGCCCUGCGACCCCCCCUGCCACCCCGGACCCGCCCCCUGCGGCCCCGCCUGCGUCCCCCCCCAACACCUCUGCGACGGCGUCCCCCACUGUCGCGACAGCGCCGAUGAGAGCCCCCAGCUCUGCGAGCCCCGCGGCCCCGGGAGCAGCCCGGGGGGUCCCUGCACGGAGUUCGACUGCGGGGACGGGGAAUGUGUCACCUUCCAGCAGGUGUGUGACGGGGUCCGGGACUGCGGCUCGGGUGGGGACGAGCGGGGCUGCGGCCUCUGGGGGCCCUGGGGGCCCUGGGGGUCCUGCAGCCGCCCCUGCGGGCCCGGGGGACAGCGCCGCGCGCGGGGAUGUCACCAGAGCCACCCCGGGCUGCUGCGGGGGUGCCGCGGGCCCAGCGAGCAGGAGAGAGCCUGCUUCCACCGGGCCUGCCCGGUGGACGGCGCGUGGGGCCCGUGGGGGCCCUGGUCCGAGUGCCCGGGGGGCUGCGGGGGGCUCCGCCUGCGCAGGAGGGGCUGCCAGCCCCCCCAGAACGGCGGCCGCGCCUGCGAGGAGCUGCCCGGGGGCAGCCCCGGAGCCCUGGAGAUGGCCCCCUGUGCCCCGGGGGGGUGCCCCAACGCCUCCGAGUGCGCUGAGGGGCUGCGCCCCCUCCCCUGCGCCCCCUGCCCCGCCUCCUGCGCCGACCUGGCGGCCGCCGUCACCUGCCCGCGACCCCCGCCCUGCCGCCCAGGGUGCUGGUGCCCCGCGGGGCAGGUGCUGGACGCGGCCGAGCCCGGCGCGGGGCCCGCGGGCUGCGUGCGGCCGCGGGAGUGCCCGUGCCGGGCCGGGGGGCGCAGGUACCCCCCGGGCGCCCCGGUGCCGCUCGGUUGUCGCCUCUGCACCUGCCUCGAGGGACGCCUGCGGCACUGCCGCCCCCACCCCGGCUGCUCAGUGGACUGCGGGUGGUCGUCGUGGUCGCCGUGGGGGGCGUGCGCGGGCCCCUGCGGGACCCCCGGCGUGCAGUGGUCGUUCCGCAGCCCCUCGAACCCGGCGCGGCGCGGGGGCGGCCGCCACUGCCGCGGCAUCUACCGCAAGGCGCGGCGGUGCCACACGGCGCCGUGCCCGCGCUGCCGGGAGCGGGGCCGCUGGCGCGUCCCCGGCGAGCGCUGGCGCGGGGGCCCGUGCCGGGUGUGCCAGUGCCAGCCGGGCGGGGCCGUCCGGUGUGUGCCCUACUGUCCCCUCCGCCACUCCGGCUGUCCCCAGGGCCAGGUGCUGCGGGAAGGUGACGGCGGCUCCUGCUGCACCUGCGGCCCCGCGGGUGACAACGCCACGGCCACCCCGCCCGGGAUGAUGACAUCGCUAUCCCCCCCCGCGCCGGCCGAGACCCCCCCGGAGCCCCCCAGCGCGGCCGGGGGCACCCCCAGAACCGCGACCCUCCCCGAGGACACCCCGAGACCCCCCGGAGGCUCCGCGGCCCCCCACGAGCCCCCCCAGUUCCAUGAGUUGCCCUCGCUGGCUCCCACGGGGGUCCCCGCCGCGACCCCCCCAGGCUGCGCCUCCCCGCCCUGGGGGGGGUGGGGGUCCUGCAGCCGCUCCUGCGGGGUGGGGGUCGCUCUGCGGCGCCGGAGGGAGACCCCGCCCCAGGGGGGCUGCGCCCACCCCCCCAACAUCGACACCCGCGUCUGCUUCCUGCGAGCCUGCCCAGUCGCGGGCGGGUGGGCGCCCUGGGGGCCCUGGAGCCCCUGCGACGCCCCCUGCGGGGGGGGGCAGCAGAGCCGCCGCCGCAGCUGCAGCGACCCCCCCCCAAAAAACGGGGGGCAGCCGUGCGAGGGAGGGGCCCUGCAGAGCCGGCCCUGCAACCUGCGGCCUUGCGGGGACCCCCCAGCCUGUCCCCCCCAGAUGCUGUUGGUACCCGCGGGGGGGUGCGAGGAUCUGGGGGUCCCCCCCUGCCCCCCCAGCUGUGCAGACCUGAGGGGGAACAGCUCGUGCCUGGGGAGCUGCGAGGAAGGCUGCCGGUGCCAGCUCGGGCUGGUCCUGCAGGGGAGCGGCUGCGUGGAGUCCAGCGCCUGUGGGGUCCCUGCGGGGGUGCUGGGGCUCCCCGGGAAUCGGAGCUCCCCUGAAUCCUGCGGGUGGUCACGCUGGACCCCCUGGACCCGCUGUGACUGCGGCACCGGGACCCGGCAGCGCUUCAGGUCUCCCACCAACCCCGCGGCCGCGGCGGGCGGUGCCCCCUGCACCGGGACCCCCCGGGAGGUUCGGGGCUGUCCCGAGCCCUGCGCACCCGAGCCCGGGAGCACGGCCCCCCCCCGGGCCACCGAGGCGCCCCUGGUCCCGGCGUCCCCACGGUGGCCGUGGGGCACAGAGGCCCCGGAGUCCCCAGGGUCGCCGUGGGUCCCGGAGCCGCCCUGGGUCCCGGAGCCCCCGGAGUCCCCCGAGACCCCCGAGCCGCCGGUCCCUGCCCGUGGCCGGUGGUCGCCGUGGGGGCCCUGGGGCGGCUGCAGCGCCCCGUGCGGGGGGGGCGAGCGCUGGCGCCGCCGGGGCUGCGGGACCCCCCCGUGCCCGGGGCCGGCGCUGCAGAGCCAGAGCUGCAACAGCCACGUGUGCCGCGAGGCCGGGUGCCCCCCCGGCCGGACCUUCCGUGAGUGCGGGGGGGGCUCCGGGUGUCCCCGGAGCUGCGCCCACCUUGGGGGGGCCGUGGGGUGCGCGGGGGGGUGCCAGGAGGGCUGUCACUGCCCCCCCGGGACCUUCCUGCACCGCCACACCUGCCUGCAGCGGGGAAGGGUCCCCUGCUCUGUGAGUGACCCAAGGGCAGUGGGGGGUCCCCGAGGUGUUUCUGUGGGGCAGUGGGUGCCCCAUGGGUGCCCCAUGGGUGGUUGGCACCCGCCGGAGCAGCGGGGCGGUCACGGGGCCCGCCGGGUCUGUGGUGUGCGGUGCUUUGGGGUCCCCGGGGCGCCCCCCGGGCGCGCCCCACCCCCGCCUCAGCCCCAGCAGUGCCCCUGCUCGGUGCCGGCCGCGCUGCUGGAGGGGGGCGCGCCCGGGACCCCCCACGGGACCCCCUACGGGACCCCCGAAGGGAGCACCCCCCGGCCGGAGCCCUCGGGGACCCCCCCCGGAGACCCCCCGAUCCUGGAGCUGCCGCCGGGCGGGACCCUGAGCCUGGGCUGCGCCCACUGCUCGUGCCUGUGGGGCCGCCUGCGCUGCGCCCCCCCCGGGGGCUCCCCCUGCAACGCGACCCCCGCGGAGACCCCGACCUGCCCGAGCCCCCCCUGCGCCGCAGAGCCCGGCCCCACAGCAGAGCCCGGCCCCACAGCGGAUCUCAGCCCCACAGCAGAGCCCGGCCCCACAGCAGAGCCCGGCCCCACAGCGGAUCUCAGCCCCACAGCAGAGCCCGGCCCCACAGCAGAGCCCGGCUCCACAGCAGAGCCCGGCCCCACAGCGGAUCUCAGCCCCACAGCAGAGCCCGGCCCCACAGCGGAUCUCGGCCCCACGGCAGAUCUCAGCCCCACAGCCCAAGGGUACGAGGAGGAGGCUGGAGACUCCCCGGGGCUCCCGGGGGUCCCGGUGGUCCCGUGGGGGCCGUGGGGGCCGUGGGGGCCCUGCAGCCGCACCUGCACCCGCCCCGAGACCCCCGCCAGCCGCAGCCGCCGCCGGAGCUGCCCCGGGGGGAGCUGCGGGGCGGGGGGCAGCACCCAGCGACGGCCCUGCAACCUGCCCCACUGCCAGGCGCCGCCCUGCCUGACGCCCCCCUGCCCGUGCCAGUGGAGCCCCUGGGGGCCGUGGGGGCCCUGCUCGCGGCCCUGCGGGGGGGGGCAGCAGCGGCGGCUCCGCGCCUUCGCCCCCCCCAGCCCCGGGGGGCCCUGGUGCCCCCAGAUCCGGGGGGGCCACGAGCAGCGGCGGCCGUGCGGGGUGACGGCGUGUCGGGUGAACGGCGCGUGGUCCCCGUGGGGUCCCUGGUCGCGCUGUGACGUCACGUGCGGGGGGGGCCGCUCCGUGCGCAGCCGCUCCUGCUCCCGCCCCCCCCCAAAAAACGGGGGCAGCCCCUGCCCCGGGGGGGCGCACGAGCUGCGGGUCUGCAACCCCCGGCCCUGCGGCCCGCGGUGCCCCCCCGGGCAGACUCUGUCCCCCUGCGCCACCCGGUGCCCGCGGAGCUGCCGGGACCUGCAGGAGGGGGUGUCCUGCGAGGGGGUUUCCCCCUGCGAGCCCGGCUGCCGCUGCCCGCCCGGGACCCUGGAGCAGGACGGGGGCUGCGUCCCCCCCGCGCUGUGCGAGUGCCUGGACGCGGAGGGGCACCUCUGGGUGCCGGGGGGGGGCGGGCACCCCCGGGGCUGCCAGAGCUGCACCUGCGCGGGGGGACGGCUGCGCUGCGGCCCGGGGGGCUGCGACCCCCCCACCGCCACCCCCGGGAGCGCCCCCGGGAGCGCCCCCUGCGCCUGGAGCCGCUGGAGCCGCUGGGGACCCUGCAGUGUCACCUGCGGGGGGGGCCGCCAGGAGCGGUACAGGACCCCCAUCCCUCCCGAGGGCGCGGGGGGACCCUGCGGGGCCCCCCAGGAGCAGCUCCGGGGCUGCGAGGAGACGCCGUGCCCCCCUCUGUGCCCCUGGGCCGGGGGCGAGCGGGCGCUGGGUGAGCGCUGGAGCCCCGGCCCGUGCCGGCAGUGCACCUGCACCCCCGAGGGACCCGAGUGCUGGGACACCCCGUGUGCGGCCGAACCGUGUGACUGGAGCCCCUGGGGGUCCUGGGGACCCUGCGGGGACCCCUGUGUGGGGGGGGUCCGCCUGCGCCACCGGCACCCCCUGAACCCCGAGAGCCCCGGGCGGGCGUGUGCAGGGGUCCGGACCCAGAGCGAGAGCUGCAACUCCACCGCGUGCCCCGACCCCGGGUGCGGCGGGGGCGGCCGGACCCGCAGCGCCUGCGCCGGGCGGUGCCCCCGGACCUGCGGCGACACCGCGGCCCAGGUGCUGUGUCUGCAGGGCCCCUGCGAGCCAGGGUGCCGGUGCCCCCCGGGGGAGCUGCUGCAGGACGGUCACUGCGUCCCCCUGAGCCGCUGCCGCUGCCGGGCCCCCGGCGGGGACAACGGGAGCCACGAGGUGUCCCCGGGGGCCGUGACACAGAUCGGGUGUCACAACUGCACCUGCGAGAACGGGACCUUGACCUGCCCGGUGCUGGCGUGUCCCUCCCCGGGGCCCGCGACGCCGGCGACCUCCCUGUCCCCCGUGUCCCCCCUGUCCCCUGUGUCCUCCCUGUCCCCCCUGUCCCCUGUGACCUCCCUCUCCCCCCUGUCCCCUCCGCCCCCUCUAUCCCCCGUGUCUCCCCUCUCUCCCGAGACCCCCCCUGUCCCCCGCCGUGUCCCCCUGGUCCCCCUGGUCCCGCUGCUCCCGCAGCUGCGGCGGCGGGACCCGGAGGCGGCACCGGCAGUGCCGGGAGGGCCCCGGGGCGCGGUGGCACUGCGGGGACAGCCCCGGCGAGGAGACGGCGCCGUGGGGGGACGGGAGACGGGGGGAGGGAGGGAACGGGGACCGGAGGGGUGGAAGAACGGGAGAAGGGGAACGGAGGGGUGGAGGGAUGGGAGUGGAGGUAGCAAGGAAAGGAGUGAAGGAUGGACACUGAUGGAUGGAGGGCCGGGGCGCUGCAAGCAAGGAGGGCCGGAGGUCAGGGCGGUGCCGGUGCGAUUUCCGGUGCGAUUCCCGGUGCGAUUCCCGGUGCGGUUCCCGGUGCCGUUCCCGGUGGCCCCAGGCUGCCCCCCGGGUGAGGUGUGGCUGGACCCCGGCCCUGCCUGCGAGCGCAGCUGCCAGGACCUGGCGGAGCCCCCCGGGACUUGCGGGGGGACCCCCGUGACCCUCGGAACCUCCGGAUCCCCCGCGACCCCCGGGACCCCCGCAACUCCGGACGCCUCCAGCACCCCCGAGACCCUUGGGACCCCCUCGGGCCCCCCGCGCUGCGCCUGCGCCCCCGGCCGGUACCGGAACGGCUCCGGGCAGUGCGUGAGCGCGGGGGGCUGCGGCUGCCGGUACCGCGGGGCGCUGCGAGCGGCCGGCAGCGAGUGGCAGGAGCAGUGCGGGACCUGUCGCUGCUCCGAGGGACGCGUCACCUGCGCCACCUCGUGCCCCGCACUCACCUGCCCCGAGGGCGCGGAGCCGGUGCGGGAGCCCGGGAGCUGCUGCCCCGUGUGCCGGGACGAGUGGCCAGAGGAGCCCCCCGGGCCGUGCCGGCUGCUCACGGCGCUCCGCACCAUCGCCAAGGGCGCGUGUGUCCUGCGGGGCGUCCCCGUCACCUACUGCGCGGGGGGCUGCCGCUCCCGCACCGCCGUCAGCGCCCAGGAGCCGUACGUGCGGUCGCUGUGCGAGUGCUGCAGUUACCGCCUGGACCCGGCCCGGCCCGUGCGGGCCCUGCUGCUGCCCUGCCCCCGCGGCCGCCCCCGGCCCGCGCUGCUGCCCCGCAUCGCCGAGUGCCACUGCCAGCCCUGCCGGGGCGGGGACUUCACCCGGCGCUGAGGAGACCCCGGACACGGCCCCUCCCCCCGCCCGUCGGCAGCGAGGAGAUUCUGAUCGAUGCCAAUAAACGAUCAAUAAUCGAUAGAGUUCGAU